GAAGUUUUUCUCUUAAAGUUGUGUUCUAAUCUAAGAUUUAGGUUUCUGAUUUAAUGAAUUUGUGGGUCUCCUCCAUAAUCCUCUUAUCUGCGAUAGCUGGAUCAUGCUUACCUUGUGGGUUCGCUUACGUUGACGUUUGCAAUCACGAUUUCGAGGUGUUUCGAUGCGGGAUCCAGCAAAAAUGUCCUCUUUCUCUCUAUCCGAGCCCUCCUAUCGAGGUAGAUGGAGACUUGCUAGACAGACUCAUGGAUGCGAACCAUGGAAAUGCUUAUACAUCCAUACUAUUUUAUGCCUCAUGGUGCCCGUUUUCACGUGCAGUACGCCCGAAUUUUGAUGUUCUGAGCUCAAUGUUUCCUCACAUAAAGCACCUGACUGUUGAGAAAUCUCAGGCUUUACCAUCUGUCUUUUCUAGGUAUGGUAUCCAUAGCUUGCCUUCAAUCCUGAUGGUGAAUCAAACAAUGAAGAUGCGAUACCAUGGUCAAAAGGAUCUUGCAUCUCUUAUCCAGUUUUACAAGGAAACAACAGGUCUUAAACCUGUCCAGUAUGUGGAUGAAGGUGAAACAACAAGCUUGGACACUGAUGGUAAUCUGAUCACAUGGCUACACAACGGGUCAUCUAUCAGAGAAGUAGCAGAAAGAGAGCCAUAUAUGGUACUGGCACUGAUGUUUCUGUCUUUGAAACUGGCAAUUUUGAUCUUCCCCAUCAUGGGAUCACGCUUGAAAACGUUAUGGGCAUUGUAUGUUCCGCAUCUGAGCUUGGGAAUACUCGGUGAGACUAGCCAACUGUUUGGCCGUGCCCUACACAUGAUCGAUGUGAGGAGACUAUGGAUGAAACUGAGACUCACCAAAACAAGGAACUUCCAAGAAAGAGCAAAGAACGCACUUGCAUCGGUCUCGCUAGGAAAAUCUUCAUCACAAUCAGCCUAAAAGGAUGAUUCAGAAAUACUUCACUGUCGAUGAGCUUAGUUUAGAUUACUAUACUGUCUUGUGAGAGAUCCUUUGACUGACAUGUUUCUAUAACUUUGGAGUUCCUCUGUCUGUCUCUGUAUGUAAAUCCUGUUUUUGCUUCUUUUGUGAAUAUUUUUCUUCCUUUUUGAAUAUUCUUCUUCUUGGUCCACUUCGUUGUGCUUACGUUUUGUCUAUAUUGAUUAUGGUUGGUUUGGUUUAAUAGGUGUUAGAGAUGGACACUUGGGUCGUAUAUGUGAAAGAAACCUGUCCAACUUGU